AUGACCAAAAUGAUGAUCAGAAUCCGAAGCCGAGACGGCUUAGAACGAGUCACAAUCGAAAACCCACACACCACAAUCGGCCAACUCAAAACCCUCAUCGAGUCCCAACUCCGAGUCCCAAUCCAAGCCCAAACCCUCUCCGCCAACCAAAACAUGUUACUCGCGAAAACCCUAGACGAUGUCGCUCGAUUCACCGACAUGUCCAAUCCCCAAACCCCAAUCUCAUCUAUUGGCCUCACGCACGGGUCAAUCAUCUACCUUUCCUAUGAGGGUGAACGCAAAAUCGCCGGACCCAAUUUCAACCCCGCCGGCUCUUUUGGCAAAAAGAUGACCGUAGAUGACCUAAUUGCAAAACAGAUGCGAAUCACUCGGCAGGAAAACCCUCACUGCGAGCUCGUGUCCUUCGAUCGUGAUGCUGCCAAUGCUUUUCAACACUAUGUGAAUGACUCCCUCGCUUUUGCGGUGAAAAGGGGUGGAAUUAUGUAUGGGACAGUGUCGCCGGAGGGGAAGGUGGAGGUUGAUUUUAUUUACGAGCCACCACAGCAAGGGACGGAGGAUAAUUUGAUACUUUUACGCGAUCCUGAUGAGGAAAAUUUGGUGGAUGCUAUAGCGAUGGGGUUGGGGAUGAAGAAAGUUGGGUUUAUAUUCACGCAGACGAUAAGUCAGACCAAGAAGGAUUAUACUAUGUCGAAUUCGGAGAUUUUGCAGGCGGCCGAGUUUCAUGCCCAGAGUGAUUUGAAGGAGUGGGUGACGGCCGUGGUGAAGUUGGAGGUGAAUGAAGAUGGGGGUGCCGAUGUGCACUUCGAGGCGUUUCAGAUGAGUGAUAUGUGUGUUAAGUUGUUUAAAGAUGGGUGGUUCGAGACGGAGGUUGGAGAAGAUGUGGAUCCGAAGCUUUCUAUGAUGAAGAAGGAUGUGGUUAUUGGAGUGAAGGAUACUAGGGAGGUUGAUAAUGAUUUUUUCUUGGUGGUAGUCAAAAUCUUCGAUCACCAGACUUCAGCUAUCACUACUAAGUGCUCCAUCAUGUGGAUUGCUGUUGAUAUUGCUUAUAAGCAUAUAGUGUAUUUGUGGAAAGGUCACUACCAGUAUGGUUGUGCAUUUGUGCUUAUGCCAGAUGUUUGGGAGGUUAGAUUGGAUGUAUACCUAAUAUUGUGGAAGAAAAACUAUAAUCAUCCUCCCUCCAUUGAUCCCUCCUCCAAUGCAGUUGAUCUCAUCUCCAAUUUAGUUGAUCCUUCUUUCAAUGCAGCAAGUUCAUCGCCAUUUGUGGAUAACAGUAGGAAAAAAAUGAAAAGGAAGAAGAACUGUAAUCAUCCUCCCUCCAAUCCAGUUGGUCCCUCAUUCAAUAUAGCAAGUUCAUUCAAUCCUAUACCCAAUCUAGCAAGUUCAUCCAACCCCAUAUCCAAUGCAAACAUAUCUUUCUUCAACAAAAAUUGUAAAUAUUGGUAUGAUAACUAA